UUUCGAAAGAUACGAAGACAUUUCCGAGUGACUAAUGCGCGAUUGUUAUCGGCGAAAAUUUUAAGGCUGCUCUUUAUUUCCUUUGACAACUGUCAGCGGAGAGCUUUCUACCGCGAAGAAUGUGGAGAUACCAAUUCGAUAUCCGAUAAAGAAUAGUUCUCAAAACUAUACAUUCUGUUAGCGCAACAUUGUCCGAAGAUUUCGUUUCCGAAGAGAGCAAAAGGUUUCGAUGGCAACUCCCCCGUAAAACUGGAUCUGUCAUAUCCGAUACGACGUGUAAUAUAACGUCUACGUACAGGCUGCGCGUUUUCUUUCAUUUCAUUGAAAUUCAAUAUCUCAUUCGCGAAAUAAGUUAAGAUAUUUUGGUCCAAAUAUCGUAAGAGUCUCUUGACGAAGCGCUUUCUCAUGGAAAUGAAACCGAUAUCUCGCGUUAUGAAUCGCGUUUUUGUGUCGAAGUGACGAAUCGCUAGAUCGUUAAUAUAUUUUUCACUAUUACACAGAAAGAGCAAAAGCAAAAGAGGAAGAGAGUGUGUAAAUCCAGGAUUGCGUCGGCAGUAACCUAAAAAUUGCCAUCGAAAACGCGAUGCAGACGAACGAGAUAGAUACGGAAAUCGUUGGGAGAAAUCGAUCGCAGGUCAUCGCUAAUAAUGUUCGUCACGAAGAAAAUAACAGAACGUCAGCAAAGCAGGAAGCAAUUAACGAGCCUGAACCCAGUGCAUCCCGGCUAUCACUAACGGACACUGUAGACACUCGGCAGCAGAAUAAUAGAUCAUCGGAAUUGCCACGAACGAUGACAAAGACCGAGAUCGUUAUGCAGGACGUCAGAAGAUUGAAGAGCGCCACACUGGAUAGAAUGGGAAGAAUGUUUAAGACGCGUACGCUCAACGAGGGAACAUCUUCUUUAGGCCUAGAUACCAAUGUGACAAGCGUCGGUAAUUAUGACGAUAAAGCAUCGAGGAAAGCAAAAACGAACUCUUUGGGCAGGAUGCUUAAGCUCACCGACAAAGACAGCACGCCCAGAAAACUUUUCGUUUCCUCUCGAACAGGAUCGCUGAGUCGUAUAUUACACAGACAUUCUCAUAAUAAGAACAAUGGAGUUAUCGAUAAACCCGCGGAAGACAUGGCGCGUGGAAUUUUCUCCAGAAUUCUUAGCCAACUGAGAGGAAAGUCGUUCUAUUGAAAUCGCCACGAAAUCCAAUACUUACAAGCCCAGCAAUCUCGACUAUUCGCUGUCAUCAGAAGUAUCAUUAAAUUGAAAAGAAAAAAUUAAAAAAACUAUUUACAAAUAGUAGCCUGUAAAGACAUGAUCUAGUCACUGUUCAAUUUGAAGAAAACUAUUUAUACAAAUAUUAAUACAAAAUAUUUAUACAAAUUUAUGUAAUUAUAAAAAAAAUUAUUAUCAACACGGUUUUUAAAUAUAUGUAAAUGUACGUACAAAUUUCAUCUAUUAAAGAGUGCGCACUUGUAUUUAAUAUGUGAAUUGCUAAUAAAAUUGUUUACGAAUUAUAUGACUUGUGUACUUCUCAUCUACUUGUUAACUGUAAGAUAAUAACAGAUAUUUAGUUAUCAGAGACGCAAGGUAAAAGAAAGAGAGAAAAAAGUUAUACUGGAAGAGCCACGUUUAUUAUACAAGUGUUGCCCCUCCGCCCUCGUUUCGUAUAAUCGUAUAUGUGUAAUGCGAUAUAUCGCGCGCACGGGACAACCCGUGUCCCUUCGUGUGUGUGAUUCGCACGUUGUACAAAUUCUCAGAUAUAUGCUGACACAUGUAUUACACGAUAUCAUUAACGCGUGACAGAAAUAAUAAUAAUUGAACGAGUUUGCGUAUUCAAACGAGAGACGAGUGUGACGAGAUUUCUCUCGAUUCAUGUAUUUGUCUUUCUCUCGUAUAUCAUAAUCGGACUGUUCUCGCAGUCUCGGCGUAAAAUAUAUUUACAAAAGAGAUUAGACCUACGCGGAGUAUGCGUUUUGUGUAAACGUCGAUUCCUUGUGAAAAAUCACAGUAAAACAAGAAAAAACUUGCGCAAAUGUCACUUCUGCUGUGUAUCUCAAUGUUCGACACAAAUUGCACGUAAAACAAGUCGCCAUAUUAACGCAGCCGGGAUACAAUGGACUCUCGCUAUAGAUCCGCCCUCGGGGCUGAAGGAGCGGAAAAUUCUCGAAAACAGAUCUAUAAGUGAAGCUUCUUCCACGCCUCGAGAUUAUUGAGCAUGGUGAGAGACGACAGAGUAAAGCCGCCUUAUCUACGACUUCGCGCGGGCAGACAUGGUCAGGGGAAUGACUUGUGCGUGUGGCGGGCAAGGCGGACUUGCGGAUCUACUGGCGGAUCUACUGGCGGGAGUCCACUGUACUUUGUUAAAUGUCUUUCUCUCUUUGUUUCUCGAUUUGAAGCAAAUUUCAAACAAAAUUACUGUCCUUGGUUUUGCUAUCGCUUUUCACAGGGAAUCGUUUUUUUUUAAGAACGACGAUGAAUUUUUAACCCUGAUAUGAGACCUUAAAUAUAAGAUUAUUUACAAUAUCUCGCUCCGCAGACGUAUGAUACGUUAAACAUCUCAUUUAGCAAUUCCGUCUGAACGUCAAACGAGAUCGAUUCGACGGCAAUUCGAUUGGCACGUACUACUAGCGCAGAUGGUAAUGAUAAAAGGCGAGAAUCGCUAUUCGUUUUCGGAAGACCUACCGCAUUUGUUUCUGACGGGUCUUUUGUUCCUCGUCUUUGAUCGACGAUCAUAAUUUAUCACAGAAUAAAGUAAUGCAAAGUAGUCCAAGUGCUAUAAACUAAUUUAAUUUUACGGAGUAAAUUUCUCGAACGGAGUUAAAAUAUGUAUUAUCCGUCCGUCAACGUUAAUUCACAAAAAUUAUAUAAAAUCUAUCAGAUCUUAAUUAUAUCUUAAUUAAUUGUAUGAAAGAACAGUAAUUGCACAAAAAUGUUACUUCUUUGAGAGUUGACACGUGUAGAUUUGUAUCUCUGCGUGUUUAAAUAUAUUUUCAUUAUUUGAAAAGAACUACGUGUAGAAAUGCGCGCGUUUUUAAACUAUUCAACUAUUGUGUUUUAUCGUGAAAAAAACUUUAAUUGUGUUAAUUAACGAAUAACAAUUGCAAUAUUAGAAUAGUAUUAUGUUAA